CUGCUGCUCCUCUUCUCUUUCCUAUUAGGGUUUCGAUUAUUAGGGCUUUCGGUUCUUUUUAUUUAAUUCUUCAUCGGAUCUGUCGAGCGCUUUGAUUUUGUUCUGUGUCUUUUCGUGUCUUGGAAAUUCUUUUGAAUCGAAUCGAGUCGAGUCGUCGUACAUGAUUUUGCUGUCUCAAUAAACACGAAAGCUGAGAUCUUUCUGAGACUUUUGUUAAUUAAUCAGCCAAUUUGAUUAAGUUUUUUUGUUAAUUUGAAACAGUCUUGAGAUCUGUUAUGAAGGUAUAUAUAAUUUGUCAGAUUUGGGUUAUAUACUGAGUAUCUGUAUAAUUAUUAAAUGUCAUGUUAUUUGGAUUUGUCGGGGGUGUCUGAUUCGUCUAUUUUGGCUAUCGAUUUAAUUGAAUCGUUGAUUGGAGACGAGUAAUCAAGUUGAUGCCUUUGUUUUUAUUUAUUUUUUGUCUGGGCUUUUAUGAUGUCUAUGUUUUGAAGAAUUUUGAUUAAUGAGUCGUUAAAAUCUAUUUCUUGUAAAUAUAAUUGGUAAUAUUGACUAAUUUUAUGUUUUUAUUCCUUUGUUUUGUGUAGUCUUUCAACUCAGUUUUUCUCAUCUUAAUAGCCAUAAUGAAGAAUUGGUGAAUUGUUCAUUUAUUUGUCUUUUUCUUGUAAUGUAGAUGCAAAUCUUCGUUAAGACCCUCACUGGCAAGACCAUCACUCUCGAAGUGGAGAGUUCAGAUACCAUAGACAAUGUGAAAGCCAAGAUUCAAGACAAGGAAGGGAUCCCACCAGACCAGCAGCGUCUCAUUUUUGCUGGCAAGCAGCUUGAGGAUGGGCGUACCCUUGCUGAUUACAACAUCCAAAAGGAGUCAACCCUCCACUUGGUGCUCCGUCUCCGUGGUGGUAUGCAAAUCUUUGUUAAGACCCUGACUGGAAAGACCAUCACCCUUGAGGUGGAAAGCUCUGACACGAUUGACAAUGUUAAGGCCAAGAUUCAAGACAAAGAGGGAAUCCCACCAGACCAACAGAGGCUCAUCUUUGCUGGAAAGCAGCUUGAGGAUGGCCGAACAUUGGCUGAUUACAACAUUCAGAAAGAAUCCACCCUCCACUUGGUGCUCCGCCUUCGUGGUGGAAUGCAAAUCUUUGUUAAGACCCUCACUGGAAAGACCAUUACCCUUGAGGUGGAGAGUUCCGACACCAUUGACAAUGUUAAGGCCAAGAUUCAAGACAAAGAAGGAAUCCCACCAGACCAACAGAGGCUCAUCUUUGCUGGAAAGCAGCUUGAAGAUGGCCGAACCUUGGCUGAUUACAACAUCCAGAAAGAGUCAACUCUCCACCUUGUCUUGAGACUCCGUGGUGGCAUGCAAAUUUUCGUGAAGACCCUUACUGGCAAGACAAUCACUUUGGAAGUAGAGAGCUCGGACACAAUUGACAAUAAAGAGUCCACUCUUCACCUUGUCCUUCGUCUGAGGGGAGGUAUGCAGAUCUUUGUGAAGACUUUGACUGGAAAGACUAUCACAUUGGAGGUUGAAAGUUCGGACACAAUUGAUAAUGUCAAAGCAAAAAUCCAGGACAAGGAGGGAAUCCCACCAGACCAGCAGAGGUUGAUCUUUGCUGGGAAGCAAUUGGAGGAUGGAAGGACCCUUGCUGACUACAACAUUCAGAAGGAGUCUACUCUUCACCUUGUGUUGCGUCUUCGUGGUGGAUGUUGAGUAUGUGAAUGUUCCAAAUCCUGCAGGUCUUAAUGUCUUUUGUGUUUCAGAACUUGUUAUGGAUGGGUCUAGGGCCCUUAAUCUAAAAAUUUAGGUUUGCUGUGUGUUUCUGUUUAAGUCUGUUUCCAAGUUUUAUGUUGUGUUCAUGAACAUGGACAAACAGUUCGCUGUCGUUCAUGGUUCAUUUUAUUCAGUAAAAUAACUUCGGUUUUAUAGUAAAUCUCCGAAUCUCUACAAAUUAAACUGUAAACAAAAUACUGCACCUUCUAUGUCAUUUCUUGCGCUUGAAAUUAAAUACUAAGUUUGACG